GCGGCAGGGAGAUGCAGCAGACGGCAACUGAAGCGCACGCGGAACACACUCAGCAUCAGCACCAGCACCAUGGUUCUUAUCUGGACUCAGUUUGGCGUCAAACACAAGAAUGUCAAGUGUAAAGUGCGAGUUAUCCACGGCGAGGAGGGAUGGACCUCAGAGGAGGUGCGCGAGGAGCCUGAGGUGUCUAGCCCCCCGCCCUCACCCGAGUGUGAGGAUUACUACGCUGUGCUUGGCGUUCCAAGUGACUCCAACGAGGAGGAGAUCAGACGGGCGUAUAAGCGUCUGGCGCUCCGUUACCACCCCGACAAGAACCAAGACGCAGACGCCGAGGACAAAUUCAAACAGAUUGCACAAGCCUACGAUGUUCUUACAGACCCGGAGAAACGCAGCAUCUAUGAUCAACAAGGUUUGCCCAAAGGGGGUGUGGCUUCCACAGGAAACAAAACCGACCCAGCCCAAAGUGCAUCCAAAGCCGACGGCCACGCCUGGCGCAUGUUCUUCGACUUUGAACUCGACUCCGACGACGACCUCUUCAACCCGUUCCUGCGAAACCCCCUUCCCCACCUCAGCCGUCACCAUGGCAACAAGACCGGGCAUAAGCCGGCGGGCGGGGCCGAGGUCCACGAGAUCCUUGUGUCGCUGGAGGACAUCCUGACGGGCGUCACGAAGCGUGUGAAAGUGACCCGGCUCCGUCAGACGGACAAGCACACAUUGAAGCCGGAAGAGCGGGUGUUCGACGUCGAGGUGCAGAAAGGAUGGAAAGAGGGGACGAGAAUCACUUUUCCCAAAGAGGGGCAUCAGAUGCUAGGCCACGCCCCGACCGACCUGGCGUUCGUGAUUAAGGAGAAGAAGCACGCCCAGUUCAGACGAGACGGCUCGCAUGUUGUGUACACCUCCAUCAUCACGCUCCGAGAGGCUCUGUGUGGAUGCACAGUGAAUGUCCCAACCCUUGACGGACAGACGAAGCCCCUCCCAUGCAGCGAUGUCAUAAGGCCAGGAUCGAUAAGACGGCUCAUAGGGGAGGGGCUGCCCAGAGUGAAAAACCCGGCUCAGCGCGGUGACCUGCUGGUGGAGUUUCAAGUGGUUUUCCCUGAUCGCAUUCCACCGAGUAGCAAGGAGAUCAUCAAACACAGCUUGGGACAAUGUUAAUUACUGAGCACACACACACACAAGUGGAUGCACACUAAUUUCACUGACGCACGUGACGUCAGCCGUUUGUCUCUGUGAGGCACACACAUCCAACGCACACUCACCUACAAACCAUAGACAUGCGGGUGUGUAAUAUCUGUAUGAGACGAAAUGUUUCGGAAACAUGCAAGGUAUACGUUGAACACACACCUGCAUUCUACUCUGAAGUGUUAACAUACUUCUUGAUCCAUGAUGACCUUGUACUUGCGUACAGAACUGUCAGUGAUUUAGUCUCUAUGAGAGAUUCCUGUGUCAUGUUCCAAUGAAUUAUUUGUAAAGAUUAUACUGAGAUGAUGUGGAUUUCUAACAUAUGUAACCUGCCUUGUAUGACGAAUGCAUGUUUUAUAAGGAUCAAUAAAGUUUUAUUAAUGAAA